CGGGAGGCCCCCACCCCCCCCGCGUCCGCGCCGGCCGGGUGAGAGGCGGCGCCCGGCGCGAGGCCGCCCGCGAUGCUGCUCUCCAAGUUCGGCUCCCUGGCGCACCUCUGCGGGCCGGGCGGCGUGGACCACCUUCCGGUGAAGAUCCUGCAGCCGGCCAAGGCGGACAAGGAGAGCUUCGAGAAGCUGUACCAGGUGGGCGCCGUCCUGGGCAGCGGCGGCUUCGGCACGGUCUACGCGGGCAGCCGCCUCGCCGACGGGCUCCCGGUGGCGGUGAAGCACGUGGUCAAGGAGCGGGUGACGGAGUGGGGCAGCCUGGGCGGCGCGGCCGUGCCCCUGGAGGUGGUGCUCCUGCGCAAGGUGGGCGCGGCGGGCGGCGCGCGCGGCGUCAUCCGCCUGCUGGACUGGUUCGAGCGGCCCGACGGCUUCCUGCUGGUGCUGGAGCGGCCGGAGCCCGCGCAGGACCUCUUCGACUUCAUCACGGAGCGCGGCGCCCUGGACGAGCCCCUGGCGCGCCGCUUCUUCGCGCAGGUGCUGGCGGCCGUGCGCCACUGCCACGGCUGCGGGGUGGUGCACCGCGACAUCAAGGACGAGAACCUGCUGGUGGACCUGCGCUCGGGCGAGCUCAAGCUCAUCGACUUCGGCUCGGGCGCGCUGCUCAAGGACACGGUCUACACCGACUUCGACGGCACCCGAGUGUACAGCCCCCCGGAGUGGAUCCGCUACCACCGGUACCACGGGCGCUCGGCCACGGUGUGGUCCCUGGGAGUGCUGCUGUACGACAUGGUCUGCGGGGACGUCCCCUUCGAGCAGGACGAGGAGAUCCUGCGAGGCCGCCUGCUCUUCCGGAGGAGGCUCUCCCCAGAGUGCCAGCAGCUCAUCGAGUGGUGUCUCUCCCUGCGGCCCUCGGCGAGGCCCUCCCUGGACCAGAUCGCUGCCCACCCCUGGAUGCUGGGGGCAGAAGGAAGUGUCUCUCAGAGCUGCGACCUCCGGCUCCGCGCCCUGGACGCGGAUGAUGGGGAGAGCACCACAUCCAGCAGCGAGAGCUUGUGAGAGGGGCCUGACUCCCCCUGGCGUGGGAUGCCUCCUUGAAAAGCAGUGAUCUUUGACCCAUGGUGACCUUUGCCCUCGGCACCGGGCCCGUUUCCUUAGCUUUGAGUGCCUUUUUGAACGCUGCUCCGUGGGACCGGGUUUCCUUGAGCUCCUCUGUCCAAAGACAGCCCCGGCCCGGCUCCGGGGGAAGUGAGGUCCCGCCUGCCCCGGGUGGAUACUUGAACCAGAGACCUCUCCCACCCGCUGUUCCUUCCUGCAGACCCGGGGCACGCCCACCAGUGGGCACCGCGGCCUCGUGCCCACCCCCCUCCCUCCAGUGUCACGGUGUUCGUCUGGGUCGUCCCUGCACAAGCAAUGCAACAGCCGGGCGGAGCUGCCCGCCUGCCUCCCCGCACACUCGGUCCGUGUCUGUGCCAGCGUCUGUGUCUGUUAUUUAUGGUGUGAUCCCCACCCCACAGGGCACCCCUGUCCUGCCGGGGCUAUUUAUUAAGCUUAAUUUAUUUGUUGAGGUUCCUGAGCGGUGGUCUUCUCCAGACCCCUGGGGGCGGCUGGCAGGGAGAGGAGACCGAGGCCCACCCUGCUCGCCCCUGUCUGGAGGAGACCUUGUACCGAGACGGGGGGCGGGGGGCGCGACUGCCACCCUGGACACUCUGCACUGGGGGUGGGGGUUAAAUUAUUGACCUGUACAGUCUGCUUGUGGCUCUGAAAGCUGGGCGGGACAGAGUCUCAAGCCCUUAAUUUAUUUUAGCAGCUGUGUUUCUGACCCUGGUGCGCUUAGGCACCCGGUGGGGUUCUUUCAGUUCAAAAGCGUGAGACGUCUGGAGAUCAUAUUUUUUAUACAAGUAUUUCAAUUACAUUUCUUUUUUUGUAUGUA